CAUCCAUCCAUUCAUCCUCCACCCGCAACAUCCUCUUCCUCUCCAACAACACCCCCAAUUGAUAUAUCGCAUACGAACACUCCCUCGAAAUCCACUCUCAGCUCCCCUCCGACCAUGCAAAGGCCGUAGAUAGCUAUGCUCAUCCCCCCACUAGCUCGUGCCGCAUGUCGGCCGGGCCUCCGAGCUCCUCGACACUCCCCGCUAUCCUCCCUCCUACCUCCAUCCGCACUCCUCACACAACGAGUCUUUACCUCAGGUCCCCUGCACAGAAAAGAUGUUCAUGGACAGCGGCCGCCGGUUCCUGGCUCCAAGGUCGCGGUGCAAGAGACCAAGGCCGCGAAGCCUGCAAAGCCGGACCCCUUGCUCACUGAACAGUCCGUGACCAACAAGGAGCAGCGCAAGGCCGAUUGGGCCAUCAUAAAAGAGAUGGGGAAAUACCUUUGGCCAAAGGAUAACCUUGGAACGAGGGCGCGUGUUGGAGUCGCUGUCUCGCUGUUGAUCGGUUCGAAGCUCCUGAAUGUACAGAUUCCAUUCUACUUCAAAAGCAUUGUAGACUCCAUGAACAUAGACUUUGUGGCUAUACAUGGCACUGCCUGGACUGUCGCCGGAUCGAUGAUAGUGGCAUACGGUGUCAGCAGGAUCGGUGCUACCGUCAUGCAAGAAAUGCGAAAUGCCGUCUUCGCCAGUGUAGCUCAGAAUGCCAUCCGCAAUGUCGCGUGCAGCGUGUACAGCCAUCUUCUGAAGCUGGACCUCAAUUUCCACCUUUCGCGACAGACUGGUGGACUUACCCGGGCUAUCGAUAGGGGAACCAAAGGCAUAAGCUUUCUGUUGACCUCCAUGGUCUUUCAUGUGUUGCCUACUGCCCUCGAAAUCUCCCUCGUGUGCGGAAUAUUGACUUAUCAAUAUGGCGCAAAGUUUGCCUUCAUCACGGGCUCUACCAUGCUGGCGUAUGCUGCGUUCACCAUCUUGACCACAUCCUGGCGAACCAAGUUCCGACGACAGGCCAACGCUGCGGACAACAAGGCAGCCACCGUAGCGGUGGAUUCCCUAAUCAACUACGAAGCCGUGAAGUACUUCAACAAUGAGAAGUAUGAAGUCGGUCGCUACGACAAGGCUCUCCAGUCGUACGAGAAGGCUUCCAUCAAGGUGGCCACGUCUUUGGCCUUUCUCAACUCGGGACAGAAUAUGAUCUUCUCUAGUGCUCUGACCGCAAUGAUGUAUCUUGCUGCAGAUGGCGUCGCAUCGGGUCAGCUCACAGUCGGUGAUCUGGUCAUGGUUAACCAGCUCGUCUUCCAGCUCUCAGUUCCCCUGAAUUUCCUUGGUUCCGUGUACCGCGAAUUGCGCCAAUCCCUCCUGGACAUGGAGACCCUCUUCAACUUGCAGAAGGUCAAUCUGGCCGUCAAGGACAAGCCUGACGCAAAGCCACUCUUGCUCACUGCGGGUGAGAUCAAGUUUGAGAACGUCACGUUCGGGUACCGUCCCGAGAGGCCGAUCCUCAGGAACAUAUCUCUCACGAUCCCCGCGGGCAAGAAGGUGGCCAUCGUCGGUCCCAGCGGUUGCGGAAAGUCUACGAUCCUCCGCCUACUCUUCCGGUCCUAUGACGUGCAGAGCGGUCGCAUCUUGGUAGAUGGACAGGACAUCCGCGAUAUCACCCAGGAGAGUCUGCGCAAGGCCAUCGGUGUGGUGCCGCAGGACACUCCUCUAUUCAAUAACACCAUCGAACACAACAUUCAGUACGGAGACAUCAGUGCUUCGCCGGAACGCGUUAGGGAGGCGGCGAAGCGGGCGCACAUUCACGAGACGAUUGAGCGGUUCCCAGACGGGUACCAGACGAUGGUCGGCGAGCGGGGCAUGAUGAUUUCUGGCGGCGAGAAGCAACGUCUCGCGGUGUCACGUCUCAUCCUCAAGGACCCACCGUUACUAUUUUUCGAUGAAGCUACAUCCGCCCUGGACACGCACACCGAGCAGGCACUCAUGUCGCACAUCAAUAGCAUUAUCAAGGAGAAGGCCCGCACAUCAGUGUUCAUCGCUCACCGUCUUAGGACGAUAUGUGAUUGUGACACGAUCAUUGUGCUUCGAGAGGGCGAGGUGACGGAGAGUGGAACGCAUGAGCAGUUGAUAGACCGUGCCGGUGUCUAUUCCGAACUAUGGAGUGCCCAAGAAACUCUGUUUGCAGGCAACGGCGAGCCUGGCGAUGAAACCAGAAAGGAAAAUAGAAGUGAGAAGAGGUGAGACUGGUGAGAUAUGGGAGAGUGUCCAUCUACCCUGGAUAUAAAGUUUUAAAAGCCUGUUGACGACGCAGCAGCCAGUCUAUUCACUGCUGGGACCCAAUCUUGAUAGAAGCAAGAAAAUCAAUACAGAGCACUUCAAAAUAGAGCCCCUUUAUCACAAAUUACAAGAUGUAAUCAGCAUUCAUGAAGACCGUCGUGCUCGCUU